AUGGUUGUUGCUGCUAGCGUGGUCUCGGUGGCGCCAGCUGAGCUGGAAGCGAAGCUGCUACAUCAUCCUAGCGUGUCAGACGUCGCCGUCAUCGGCGUCCCGGACGAGGAAGCUGGAGAACUCCCCAAAGCGUACGUCGUGCGCACCGACCAGCGCCUCCUGGCGGACGAUCUGCACAGCUACCUGGGAGAGCACGUGGCGCCACACAAGCGGCUGCGGGGAGGCAUCGAGUUUGUCAGCGAGAUUCCCAAGUCAGCGGCUGGAAAGAUACUGAGGCGACAGCUGCGCGAGAAAAACAAGAAGCUGUCUCGUCUGUGA